UAUGAAUUAAACAAACACCGGAUGAGAGAGAGAGAGAGAGAGAGAGAGAGAGAGAGAGAGAGAGAGAGAGGGUUGGAUUAAACAGCAGCUCUUGCUCAGAUCUGAUAUUCACUUGAGGAACUCUCGCUCAUGACAGCCUAUGUAGAGAUGUCGGGGGACACCAGUACGUCGUCAUGGAAACUACCUCCAGCCGGCCUACCACAGGAGUCAACUGUUGAGACGGAGAAUAAAUGCAGGGGGGUGUUGAAAAUCCUCAAAGUGUGCUUCAUAAGCAACAGCGCCAACCUGGGCAUGACCUUCAAACUGGUCAAAUGUGAAAGUUCCUGGAAUAUCAGGAAAAUAAUUCAGUCCAUUAUGGAUAGCGGGCGCCUUGGUCCCAACAUCAAGUUUCCGGAAUGCUACGGUCUGCUGCUCAAGCACAUCAAAUCAGACGAGGUUCAUUGGCUUCACCCAAACCUGACCGUAGCAGAGGUGGAGCAGAAAUAUGAACAACAACAUGUCGAGGCAGAGUGGAGAUAUGACUUAAGGAUCCGAUACAUUCCUCCUGAUUUCCUGGAGAAGUUAAAAGAAGACAAAACAACUAUGCUCUACUUCUACCAGCAGGUUCGCAGUGACUACAUGCAGCACAGCGCUAGCAGAGUCAGUGAUGGGAUGGCCUUACAGUUGGGCUGCCUUGAGAUCAGGAGAUUUUACAAGGACAUGAAUGCCCAGGGAUUGGAGAAAAAAUCCAAUUUGGAGCUGCUGGAGAAAGACGUUGGCUUAGAAUUGUUUUUUCCUCGUGAAUUAAUUGAAAGUAUGAAGGCGAAGCAUCUGAGGAAACUGAUCCAGCAAACUUUCCAGCAGUUUGCUUUGCUAAAGGAGGAACAGUGUAUCAUGAAGUUCUUUGAGACAUUAUCAGUCUUUUCAAGUUUUGAUGAGGAAGUUUUUCCUUGUGAGCUUGUGCAAGGUUGGAGCGUGUCUGUGGAUCUGGUCAUUGGCCCCAAAGGUAUUCGGCAACGCACAGACAAAAGUUCUGUGCCUGUCUGUCUAGCCACUUUUGCACAAAUUCAAAGUAUUAAGUGCUCUCUUCAAAAUGAUGGCAAGGCACUGUUAAAUGUACAUAUUGAAGGAGCUAAACAGCCAUUGUCCAUCAGCACAUCCUCUCUGGCCAUUUCUGAGAACAUGGCUGAUUUAAUCGACGGCUACUGUCGUUUAGAGCAUGGCAAAGAGAUGUCUUUAUUUUUGCAGCCCAGAAAAGAUAGAGAAGCCAGAAUUUCUCUACCUCCUUUGCCCUGCAGCAAUAAGGAAAGUACCAGAUCCGACGGAGAAAGCAAAAGUUCAGAUAUUUAUACAGAGAUACCAGAAGAUAAACCAGUUUCCACAGGUAAAUUCAGCCUCUCACGAAAUGAAAUUGUCCUCGGAAGAUUUCUGGGUGAAGGUUUCUUUGGUGAGGUCCAUGAUGGAGUCUACAGAAGCAAGACGGGGGAGAGAGUGAAUGUGGCCGUAAAAACAUGCAAGGAUUGUAUGGCUGAUAUCAAGGAGAAGUUCAUGAGUGAAGCUUUGAUCAUGAAGAAAUUGGACCAUCCACACAUUGUGAGACUCAUAGGAAUUAUAGAAGAGGAUCCAGUGUGGAUUGUCAUGGAGCUUUACCAGUAUGGAGAGCUAGGAAAUUACCUAAUGGAGAACCAGCAUAAGCUGACUAAUGUCACCCUCAUACUGUACAGUCUGCAGAUCAGUAAAGCUCUGGCUUACUUAGAGGGCUUCAAUAUGGUACACAGAGACAUUGCUGUAAGAAACGUGCUGGUCGCUAAACCAGACUGUGUAAAGUUGGGAGACUUUGGCUUGUCCAGAUAUAUAGAAGAAGAGGAGUAUUAUAAAGCCUCUGUGUGUCGAUUACCCAUCAAAUGGAUGGCUCCAGAGUCCAUCAACUUCAGACGGUUUACCCCGGCAAGUGAUGUCUGGAUGUUUGCUGUGUGUAUGUGGGAGAUCAUGAGUCUAGGCCAGCAGCCAUUCUUCUGGCUGGAGAACAAGGACGUGAUCAACCAGUUGGAGCAGGGGGUUCGUCUGCCCAAACCCGAGCAGUGCCCGCCCACAAUGUACUCUCUCAUGAACCACUGCUGGGCCUACAUCCCUCGCGAGAGACCCAAUUUAACUGAACUAGUGUGCAAGCUGAGUGAUCUACACAGAAUAGAGAAGGAAGUUGAGGUGAACCAGCAGAGACAUAGAGCACGCUCCAUAAAUACACUCUCAUGUAUAGCUUUUACUGAUGCUCCACCUAUGCCAUCAAGAAUGAAAGCAUCAGGCUUUAACACUCUCAGCCCACAGCUACAUUUCCAGGAUCAAUUUGCCAAUGAUGACACAAAGGCUGAAGUGAUGUCAGAAAAUGAGACAGGCCAAGCUCAUUUCCAGGGUCCCCCAGAGAAGCCCCCGCAGGUGUCCGUUCAGCAGGCUCCUACUGCAGAACUGGACCGCACAGAUGAUCUGGUCUAUCAUUAUGUCAUGGAGAUGGUGAAGGUGGUGGUACAGCUAAAGAAUGAUAUCAACACAUUACCGGCCUCCGAGUAUUUAAACGUUGUGAAGUCUGUAGGAAUGACGCUGCGCAGUCUAAUCCACAGUGUGGACAAGAUUCUACCAACUCUGCAUAAGUCCAUCAGAUCAGAGAUUGAAGGAACUCAGAAGCUGCUGAAUAAAGAUCUGGCCGAGUUGAUCAGUAAGAUGCGUCUGGCUCAGCAGAACUCCAUCACGUCUCUGAAGGACGAGUGCAAGAAACAGAUGUUGACGGCCGCACACACACUCGCCAUGGACUCCAAGAACCUUCUGGAUGCUGUGGAUCAAGCCAGAGUACGAGCUAAUGUAGCCAAACCCCUCAUGCCCUAGAUCUGACAUCUGAUUGGAUGCUGCACAGGUGUUUUUAUCCAAUGAGAAGGGUGGAGUCAAUUAAAUUAUGAAUGAUCUGGCACAACUUGCUUUAUGCUUAUGAACGAUAAUGAAAGCAGUGCUUUCGACAUUGUUGUGAAAUUGAGAAUUCUGCUUGUGGUCAUUUUCAUUUUAAAAGUCUGUUUGAUGUCCGCAAAGUUUGUGGAAAUAAGCUUGUACAGUUUUGUCAUUUCGAAGCAUUACCUAAUUUUUAUAUUAAAUAUACCUAAAGUAUAUAUUUCUAGAAAAUAAAUGUAACAUCA